GACUCCAGCACACCCCGCCCCAAGUCUCCCAUCUUUUUUUUUUUUUUCUCUGUCCAUCAUCCCUCAGGACUCCAGCGCCCUCCUCAGGACUCCAUCUUUUUUCUCUCUGUCCCUCAACCCCACCCAGGACUCCAGCGCCCCCUGGGGGUCCAGGGCGGCCUUUCUCCCAUCUCCUCCGCUUGGCUCCACCUCUUCCCGCCCGUGCCUGCACACGGCUCUCCUAGCGGAGGUGGUGGCCUCAGCUGCAGAACAAAGAGCCACUUAGCACGAGGUGGCAAGUUGGCGGCCACUCAGUCGACGGCCUAGGUCCUGCCCCCGUGGUGAGAACCUGAGGUGCCUUAGCCUCCUGGGGAGCACAAGGGGGAGUGGGCAUAGCUGUGGGGUGAGGCUGGGCGGGGCGGAACGGGCGGGGCGCGAACGUGGAGGCGGGCAGGGAGCCGUGUGCACAUGGCCGCCAAGAGCCACGAGGCCAAAGGAGACAUUGCCCUGUCCUGAAGACCUUGGGUGUCCUACGGGCUUGAUGGGGGUGAGCCUGUGGGGAACCGUGCGCGGGUCCCCCAUUUUGCUCAGCCCUGACCAUGCCAGAGCAGAUCAUCCCCGAGCUGGGACUUAGAAUGUUGGGUUAUAACCUAAGUCCCGCUGGAGACUUUUGCAGCGGUUGGGGAUGAGAUGGAGACAUAGUCUCACUAUGGAACCCAAACUGGCCUGGAAUGUUGGGCCCCCCUUUUUUUCACCUCGAUCAAGGUCCUCAGGCGUCAGCCGUUCUGCACCCCGUAAAGAUUGCAUGCUCUCUUUCCGUCAGGGCACGUCACCAUGGCUGCCGCUGAGGUCCCUAACCCUUCUGAGCACUUCACCCAAAUCAAAGAGCAGAAGUUCAAGCCUGGAGACCUAGAGGAAGAAAAAGAGGAAGGUGGGCUACAAGGGGUGGAAGCCCAGGAGGGUGCUGUCACGGUGGAGGCCGAAAGCAGCUGCCAGUUUCUGGAUGCCGGGCCCCAGAAAGAGCAUUCCGAGCUGCCUCUGUGGGUGCCGGCCGAGAGCGACAGGCGGAUCCUGACCCUGCAGACCUUGCGCCUGGUGUCUCAGGAUGUGCACCUGCAGGGGCUAGGGUGGCUGAGCGUGCCGCACUCUGAGGAGCUUCCAGUGAUAAUACCGCAGGCCGAAGGCACGCUGCAGUUGCCGUCCCUGCUGUGGCUGGACCAGGAGCCCCAGCUCAGCCUUCAGCACUGCGUGACCGUCAGCAUCCCGGAGGAGCUCUACCCACCUGAGGAGCUGGAGCUGAUGCGUUUUCACCUGCUGCGGGAGAAUGUGCCGGUGGCCGAGGACGACCAAGAGUUAAAGCCAGACUUGGGCGAAAGCCCAGUCCUGAUGAAGUUUGAAGAUGAACAGGACCAACUGUUGCCAGAGGGAGGACCAGAUAAGAAAGGAGAGGAGAGAUUCCUCUUUGUGGAAAUGAAACCAAAAGAUGAAGGGAAAGACGAAAUGGUCGUGACCAUUUCCCACCUAAGUGUAGAAGAACAGCAAGAUCAGCCAGAGACAAAGCAGACAAGUGUGCCAAAAGCUAAUGCCACAAAACCUCGAAGGAAGACCAAGGGGCCCCCCCGAAUCUUCCAGUGCUACACCUGCCCUUUCACUUCUUCCAAAUUCUCGAGUUUCACUCAUCACGUAAAAAUCCACAGUGAUGAGAGGCCUCACCUGUGCCACCUGUGCCUGAAGGCUUUCCGCACCGUCACCCUCCUCCGGAACCACAUCAACACCCACACAGGAACCAGGCCCUACAAGUGCGGGGACUGCGACAUGGCAUUUGUCACCAGUGGAGAACUGGCCAGGCACAGGCGUUACAAACACACCCAUGAGAAGCCCUUCAAGUGCUCCGUGUGCAAGUACGCCAGUGUUGAGGCAAGCAAGCUGAAGCGCCAUAUCCGCUCCCAUACGGGCGAGCGCCCCUUCCAGUGCUGCCAGUGCGAGUAUGCCAGCAAGGACAGCUACAAGCUGAAGCGCCACAUGCGGACCCACUCAGGCGAGAAACCUUAUGAGUGCUCCACCUGCCAUGCCCGCUUCACCCAGAGUGGGACCAUGAAGACCCAUAUGGCCCAGAAGCACGGCGACAACGUGCCCAAAUACAAGUGUCCCCAUUGUGCCACCACCAUCAGGAGGAAGAGCGACCUACUCACGCGCCAGAAACUUCGGAAGCAGGAGGUCCUUUCUCAGCACGCAUGCCACGCCAACCCUGAGGUCUAUCUCAUGCCAUAG